ACUCUUGCGUCAUCACAACAGGGUGUUCACAGUUCAACACAUCAUCUGUUUCUGUUUAAUAAACGUUGUGCAACGGGGAUGAACCCAGCUCAGAUUUUCCCCUGACCCUGCAGGCACCAUCUCGUGAUCAUCCACCAUCGAGACUUUUGUUAAAGAGUUACUAAGCUGGUAUAUGUGAGUUUCUACAAAGAGAAAUCAUGAACUUCAGACUCUCAUCACUGAUCCUGCUGCUACACAUUCAAGGGUUCCUAACAUUGGAUAAUUUUAAUGUAACCUGUGAUGAACUGAAUAUUUGUGCUGUUAGGGGGACACUAAUGAGUGUGAACUGCGAUCACUCAAACAUCAACAUCAAAACUGUGUUCUGGUUCAGUCAGAAACAGAGAACAAACUGGAGAAACAAAGAUGAACCUGAAGAUUUGACUUUAGAUUCAGAUUACUCAGGACGAAUUGGUCAGUGGAUAACUGAAGAUUACUUAGGACUCUCAAUACAUGAUCUGAGAGAGAGAGACAGUGGAGAAUAUCAGCUGAUGUUCAUUAUGAAGGAUGGAGUUAAACAUCUCAGCUCAGUCACAGUCAAUCUAACAGUCACAGUUUUACAGGUGAAGAUAAAUCCUGAAUCUACAGGACAGCGAGUAAAACUGAGCUGUGCUUCCUCCUGCCCAAAAACAUCUGAAUAUGGUUACUUCUGGUACAAGAAUGGACAACGUUUAACAUUUGACCAAAACAUAUUUGUGUCAUCCAGUGAAAACACUGACAGUUAUUCCUGCCUUAAGAUUGAUUCAGAGUCCUCUUCAUCUGUGUGUGAGUUUGACAUUUAUAAAAUAUUUAAAUUAAAAUGGAAGAACAAAUUUAGCAGUUCCCUUUCAGUCGGUCACUACGACGUCACGUCGUGACCGACGAAUUGGGAACCGCUUCGCGGGUGACCUAUCUGCUUCGAGAAACCUUUAAAACGCCAAUGAACUUGGCAUGCAGAUAAUUGCAUCUGCCGGCGCCGCCCCGCCGCGCAGGUAUUUAAUAAGCGGCAGGUGCAGUUAUCAAAUCAGCUUUUUAGCUUCGAAAGCUGGCAGACUGACUGCUCACGAGAAGCUACUCUCUGCUCUUUGGAGAACUCUGCGUGUUCGAUUUGGUUGGGCAAAGGCAUUUCAGCGGAGGCUCGCGGGUGUUCCACCUCUCUUUUUAAUUUUUUGACUUUUUUCUCACUCUUAGUUGAGUGUGUGCGUAGCCGUUCCCCUGUGUGCUUCAUCAACAUCAGCACAUUAAAAGAGUAUUUCCUCUAAAAGAGUAUUGCGGUGUUCUGCGUCUUUUUAAAGACAGCAUUUCACUUGCACUGAGACGGGAGCGUCUUUUUAAAGAUGUCUUUCCGUCCGUGUUUCUGGAUGCGGCAAAUGUAUGGGUCCCCGGGUGGCCACGAUCAUUUUCUC